UAUUAGUAAAAUAUGCAGUUACAAAUUUUUGUCGUUUUUAUUUUCUAACAAUAUACUAUUGUUAAGAAUGACAUAACAUGCGGUAUUAAUAAUGCCUGCAUAUUACUUAUUUUUUCAUUAAAGGGAUUUAUGAUUUUUGGAUUUGCGUAAAUAUUCGCCAGCGUGGAAUUUACUAAAAAUUCGACAAGAUGAUGGAAGAUAUGCAAGAAGAGACCCAAUUUGUGGUUGAUGAUGUAAGCAAGAUUAUUAAGGAAGCAAUCGAAGUGUCUAUUGGUGGUAAUGCUUAUCUACAUAAUAAAGUAAGUCAAUGGACAUCAAAUGUUGUUGAAGCAUGUUUGGGAAAUCUUACAAAAUUACAAAAGCCAUAUAAAUAUAUAGUUACUUGUGUCAUUAUGCAAAAGAACGGGGCUGGACUUCAUACUGCAAGUUCCUGCUUUUGGGACAAUGCUACCGAUGGUAGUUGUACAGUACGUUGGGAAAAUAAGACAAUGUACUGUAUUGUUUCUGUAUUUGGUCUAGCAAUUUAAUUGAUCUUUGUAUUUACAAAGUUUGUGAUAAAAAUUAGAGAAAAAUACUAGGAUUCUUUUCAUUAUCUUGCAUAAACUGUAGCAUUCAAGAUGCAUAAAUAUUGAAAUUUGUAUCGAGCAAUAGUACUUUCCUUUUCAACAAUUAUGUAUCAUUUUAUAUUGCAAAUACAGUGCAUGUGGAACACUAAUAUUACGUAUACUAAUUAGUCCAUUUUAUUUGUAUGUAC